AUGGUAGGGAAAAGCCCGGACACCAAAGGUCAGGAUGCCGACGGGGCGGCCGGCUGCCUGGGAAGACAGCGCUGCUAUUCCGGCAGCAGUACUGCACCCUCCGCCUCGCUGCUGGCCGCGUGUCUUCUCUCGGCGCUAUCCAUAGCCUGCUGCGCGUAUCUGGGGAUGAAGACCAGUGACCUUCAGGCCAGGGUCUCGGCCAUCGAGGCCGCCCAAGGGGACAUAUCUGUUGCUCCCGCCGCCGCCGCCGCCACCUACCACCCGCUGCUCGCCUCUUCUUCGGAUCAGCUGAAUGCCCUGAUGCAGGACAAAGUGGAGCGACUCCUAGCUCAGAAGUCCUAUGAGCAUAUGGCAAAAAUCAGAAUAGCAAGAGAAGCACUUCCAGAAUGUAACUGCCCACCAGGUCCUCCUGGUAAACGAGGUAAGCGAGGAAGAAGAGGAGAGAUUGGACCUCCUGGUCAACCUGGUCCUCAAGGUCCACCUGGUCCAAAAGGCGAGAAGGGAGAUCAAGGUGAUCAGGGCCCUCGGAUGGUGUUUCCUAAAAUCAAUCAUGGGUUUCUCUCUGCUGAUCAGCAGCUCAUUAAACGCCGCCUCAUUAAGGGUGAUCAAGGACAAGCUGGACCCCCUGGGCCUCCUGGGCCUCCAGGUCCAAGGGGCCCUCCUGGAGAUACUGGCAAAGAUGGCCCCCGAGGAAUGCCUGGGGUACCGGGAGAGCCAGGAAAACCAGGUGAACAAGGUUUGGUGGGACCUCAGGGGCCUCCGGGACAAAAGGGCUCUUUUGGUGCACCUGGAGUUCCAGGAAUGGAUGGACAACAGGGUGAACCUGGUAUAAUGGGAGAAAGAGGAGCUCCUGGACUCAAGGGUGAUCUUGGGCAGCAGGGAGAAAAGGGGGAUACAGGAGAGAAUGGACCCAAAGGAGACACAGGAGAAAAGGGUGAUCCUGGAUCUUCUGCUGCUGGAAUUAAGGGGGAACCUGGAGAAUCAGGUCGACCAGGACAAAAGGGUGAACCUGGGCUCCCUGGACUUCCUGGAUUACCUGGGAUUAAGGGUGAACCAGGUUUCAUAGGUCCACAGGGAGAACCUGGAUUACCAGGAUUGCCAGGAACAAAGGGUGAAAGGGGAGAAGCAGGGACUCCUGGGAAAGGUGAGCGAGGUGAGCCAGGAGCUCCAGGGCCAAAGGGAAGGUCAGGAGAGUCUGGCACUAGAGGCCCAAAGGGGUCAAAGGGUGAUCCUGGAGACAAAGGCGAUUUGGGGACAAUGGGGCCAAGGGGCCCACCUGGACAAAAAGGUGAUCAAGGUGCUACAGAAAUCAUUGACUACAAUGGAAAUAUCCAUGAAGCUUUACAGAGGAUUACCACCCUAACUGUCACGGGUCCUCCAGGACCACCUGGACCCCAAGGAUUGCAAGGGCCAAAGGGUGAACCUGGAUCUCCAGGAUUACCAGGUGCUGAUGGGGAGCAGGGGCUUAAAGGCUCAAGGGGUGAUAUGGGUGACCCCGGAAUACCAGGAGAAAAAGGAGGAAUUGGACUUCCAGGAUUGCCAGGAUCAAAUGGCAUGAAAGGAGAAAAAGGAGAUGCUGGCUUGCCAGGACCUCAAGGUCCCUCUAUCAUAGGACCACCAGGACCUCCGGGCCCCCAUGGUCCACCAGGGCCUAUGGGACCUCAUGGAUUACCAGGUCCAAAGGGAGCAUCUGGCUUAGACGGAAAGCCAGGACCCCGGGGUAUGGAUGGCCCCAUUGGCCCACAUGGCCCUGCUGGUCCAAAAGGAGACCGAGGUGAAAAAGGAGUUAUAGGAGACCCUGGGCCUAGAGGACCAUAUGGCUUGCCUGGCAAAGAUGGUGAACCUGGCCUUGAUGGCUUCCCUGGUCCUCGUGGAGAAAAGGGUGAUGUAGGAGAGAAGGGAGAAAAGGGAUUCCGUGGAAUUAAGGGGGAAAAAGGGGAGCCAGGCCAGCCAGGCCUGGAUGGGCUGGAUGCCCCUUGCCAAUUGGGACCAGAUGGGUUACCAAUGCCUGGCUGUUGGCAGAAGUGAUGAAUCUAACUUUGCAAGCAUGAAGUUGUAUAUAUAAUGCUCCACCUCUUGUAUUUAUAGUUGAAAUGGAACCAUUGGUUUUACAAGUCUGAAAAGUCUGAAAUAUGUUUACAUGUAGCUGCUUCCACUUGUUUGCAGUAGUCCAUGUGUACAUCUAUCCUUCACAUACAUCUGCAAUUGGAUGAAA